AUGGUGUAUGGUGAAUUUGUGGAAACACCGCAGGUUCAAUAUGCCCGUUUGCUGGCCAAUUACCUGCCUCCCACACUACAAUCGGUUUAUUUUACCAAUUCGGGUGCCGAAGCCGUUGAGGGAGCCAUGAAACUGGCUAAGAAAGCGACAAACCGCACACAGAUCAUUGCGUUCAACCAUUCCUAUCAUGGGUCCACACAGGGAGCACUGAGUAUUAUCGGCGAUGAGUAUUGGCGAAAUGCAUUUCGUCCACUGCUGCCGGAUAUCAUUCACCUUGAAUAUAAUUCGUUUGAAUCACUACGUUACAUUACAACGCAGACUGCCUGUGUGAUCGCUGAGCCCGUGCAGGCAGAGGCCGGCAUCAGGGCGCCUUCACGGGAAUGGUUACGGGCGCUGCGUCAGCAGUGCACCGAUACAGGUACACUACUGGUGCUUGAUGAAAUACAAACAGGAUUUGGUCGCACCGGUACUCUUUGGGGUUUCGAGCAGUUUGACAUCGUGCCUGAUAUACUUCUACUGGGAAAAGCAUUGGGUGGCGGUAUGCCGCUUGGAGCUUUUAUUUCCGAUGGCAAAUUAAUGUCACAGCUUGCCGCAGAUCCUGUGCUUGGUCAUAUUACAACGUUUGGCGGCCACCCGGUUUGUUGCGCCGCAGGCCUCGCUGCCCUUGAAGUAUUGAUGGAAGACAACUUAAUAGCCGGGGUCAGGCAAAAGGAGAGGUUGUUCACCGAGUUGCUUGUCCACCCGCGAAUCCUCUCAAUCCGAAGCUUUGGCUUCCAAAAGGGUACUCUCGCCAGAACGUUCCUGUGGCGUAUUUCCGGGAAUGGUCUUAAUAAAGCUUCCUAUUUGUAUGGAACGAUUCACCUGACCGACAAACGUGUUUUUCAAUUUACCGACUCUCUAUACCGCGUGAUGGAAAACACCGACGGAUUCGCAGCGGAAAUUGAUAUGAAUUCCCUUGGGAUGAAAGCUAUCAAUGAAGUGAUGGCUGAAAAGGAUGCGAAGGCGGCCAGGGAAAAAGUGAGAGUAAAAGAUGCCGUUAGCGCGCGAACCUGGGAAAUGUACCAUAAGAAAUUGGAAGAAAAAUUCUCUAUGCCGGCUGAAAAGAUCACAGUCGACGACCUCGAAGACUAUGAAUCUAAUUUGAAAAGCGAAAUUUUCAAGAAAGGGGAGAUGCCAACUUUUCUUGACGCUUAUCUUUUUGGAAUGGCAAGGAAGCAGGGAAAAUGGACAGGAGGCCUUGAAGAAUUGGAAGACCAGCUUGAACACAUAAAUAGCGAAUCGGUAGAGUCUAAACUUCAACAGGUAUUAUUUGAUGACGAGUAUUAUAGAAAAGGUCUUGAAAAACUCACAAGGCUGUACCUCGACCAGCGACUUGAUAGUAUAGAAGCGAUGUGCUGGCAGUCUGGUGAUGAGAAAGAUUAUAUCAUGAUUAAGAGAAACCUGAAAAUGGCAAGGAUGAUGGAUAGCCUUUCUUCCGUUCGUUCGAUGGUUUUCGCGGUUGGGGCUGCGCACCUGCCGGGCGAUUCGGGAGUGAUCUCACUUUUAAGAAGCAAAGGGUUUGUUGUAUCACCGGUUUUAUCAUCUAAGAAAAUAAGCGCUGAUAAGUAUUUAUUGAAAUUGAAAGAAACGGCCUGGUUACCUGUGGCAGUCACAGACAGCGCCUAUCAUUUGCAAAUGCCAGGGAACGCGGAACAGUUCAAUUCCAUGACAUCAAUGGGUAUUGACAUGAAGGCUUUUUUCGACAUCGCAAAUAUGAAAAUGUUCAUGACGUUGUACGCUGAUCUGACACCUGAGCGUGCGAAAGUUGGCGUUGACAGUAUGUACAGAAGUGUAAAGAACCGGUACGUAAAGAUGUAUAAGACCGUUAAAGAAAAGAAUAUUACGGUUAACGGUACAGAUGGCCGGGAGUUUACCAUAUCUGCGGAAGAUUUUCGCCCGUUAAAUGAAGAAUUGGCUCGCAAACGCUCACUCUCAAAGGCGGACAGCUUACUUGCAUUUAUGCAACAAGCGAAUCGUGAAGAUGUACCAAAUGCUCCUGAAAGUAUACCCGGAUUUUGA